UGGAGAGGAAGGAGAGAAGUCAACAAAGACGUUCGAAUGGAGGAGACGUUUCAUCCGUUAACGGAAACGGAGCGAGAAAGGGUGGCUGGUAUUUAAGCAAGGUCUAAGCAAUGAAGAAAGGCUGUAAGCAGACAACUUCCAGAAGAAACAAGCAGAGAGCUGCUGGUACCUGUAAAGAAUUGUCCAUUAAAUCAGCUGAACAGAAGACAAAGACAAGUCAAAGGGAUUUUGUGCAGCUGUUCCCACUAGAAGUCAGCUUAAAGAUUUUUAGCAAACUUGACAUUCAGAGCUUAUGCAAAGCUUCCAUGACAUGUAGGAACUGGAACCAGACUAUUGAGAACUGUGAUAAUUUAUGGAAACCUCAUUGUUUAAGUGUAAGGGUUGUCUGUCAGCGAGAGAUUGAUGGUGACAGAAGAAAUGGGUAUUCAUGGAAGGUGACGCUGCUGAGAAACUACUGGAAAAGCAAAGUGAAGUAUGAAUGGUUGAGUGGGAAAUAUAGCUAUAUUCAUUCCCACAGUGGUUUGCCAGAAAAGAGCAUGUAUCCUAUGGAUGUUGACACCUGGGGAGAAAUCCUGGAAGCUGAACUUGAAAGAAAAGAAGCCCAAAUAAGGGUCUUCUACAGAAGGAACUAAAGCUGAGCUCAUCUAUAAAAAAAAUCGCUCUGUGUAUAAUACUUUGCAGUUGUUUACACAUCUUCUGUUUGUUUUGCACUUUCAGAACUGCUAAUAUUUAUUGUAAAGGCCGAGACAUUGUAUAUACAUUUCCAGCCUAGUGUACUGCUAAAAGUACAUGGUUCUUGGACUCCCUCAAAAUGCACUUUGCAAAUAAUGCCAUAUACCUUUG